GCAGCUCUGCCGACAACCAAGCCUGCGCCACCCGCAGCCGUACCUGCAGCCGCGUCUAGUGCCAUGCCGGAUGGUACGACACCGUACACAACUGUAGCCGCAACGGUGAUCAAAGCAGGGAAGAAGCUGCCGGAACGUUGCGCAGCUUCGGAGUCCAAGACUCGAAGCGAGCGGCCGCGGCCUAGGAUUACGGGUACUGCAGAUGCAGGUUGUGACGGCGGCAUCGGCGGUUGCGAUGGCAAUGAGUCGUACAGCACUGCCGUACGGGGCUGGGUGGUAAGCGUUCUGUCGCAGGAGGCUAAGAGGGUUAAGGACGCCCUCAAGACUGCUGGACUGCUGGAUAACCGCCGCCGCGGCGGCCUUGAGACGGUGGCGUCGCCGGCGACGGCGACGGCGACGGGGGACGAAGAUGAUGCUGCACAGCCGCCGCCACAGAUGCAGCGCCGUACGGUACGGCGGGUGCUCCUGCCUGUUACCGACGAUGCUGCAGCGGUGGCGGCGGCGUUGAGUGUUGCCGAGGGAAGCGGAAGCGGCGAGAGAACGGGAGGGCUUGGUGGUGGUGACGGAGAGACGGCGGUUUCGGAGCUGGCGGCUCUGAUGCGCCGGACGGAAGCUCAGCUGCUGCACACUCGCUGCCUGCCACCCGCCACCAAGGCCGCCGUCACUCCGGCGCGACGCCUCUCCGACGCCAUCACAGAGCUACUACGACCCGCAACCGCCACAACUACCACAACCGCCGGUGUCAAUUCCUUACCCGCAGCCCUGGUUUCGGAGCUCCUGGCUGACCUGCCCAGCCGUUGGGAGCGGUUGGGUGACCUAGCCCUACUGCCUGGAUCCAGUCUGGUGCAUCCGGGCUGGCUGACGGCGGGGGGCGUUACCUUCCAGCUGGACGUCACUCGCUGCAUGUUCUCAUCAGGCAACGUCACGGAGCGCACCCGAAUGGGCUGGGGAAGGGGCCUGUACGGCGGUCCGUACGGCGCCCCCGGCGGCCAGCCGGGGUGGGCGGUUGGGGAGACGGUGGUUGAUCUGUACUGCGGUAUCGGGUACUACACAGUACCGCUGCUGGUGGUGGCGGGGGUAGCCAAGCCCCUGCCAGCUACAGCCGCAGUCAUCGCCAGCAGCGCAGCAGUAGCCGCGGGUCGCGGUGACGGCUGUGCUAGCAACCCCAGCGCCGCCGGCGGCGCCGCCGCUGGCCCAGUAUCAAGCCGUUGUGAGGUGUUGCGUGGCGAUUGCCGUCUGACAGCUCCAGGGGGUGUUGCGGACCGGGUGCUGCUGGGGCUGCUGCCUAGCUCCCGGGGGGGCUGGGAGGUUGCCGUACGCGCCCUGAAACCCGACGCGGGGGGCUGGCUUCACCUGCACCACAAUGUAACUGAUAGUGAGGAGGCGCAGUGGCUGUACGACACCAUGGACGAGCUCAGGCGGCUGGCUGCUGCGGCAGGACGCGACUGGGAGCUGAGGUUGCAUCACGUGGAGCGAGUCAAGUGGCGGUGCUUUAUCGGUGUUGUGCGCCAGGGGGCCGGAGAAAUGGCGUUGCAGUACGCGCCCCACAUCCGACACAUCGUCAUGGACAUAGAGUGCCGACCCGUGGGACACGGGAGUGCUGCUGCCGCCACCGCCGCAAGUUCCACGGCGGCAGCGGGAUCCGACGCCGCAGUGAGCCCCAUGCAAAGCCAGGAGAAGCGAAACGGCGUCCCGUCGCUGUCGUCGCCGCCGCCGCCGAUGCCGUCGGGGUCCGUAGCCCCAUAUCCCGCGGCAACCACCAAUAACGGCUCCAUCGGCAGCGCCGUGGCGGCCUCUGCCCGCCAAGGGGACUCGUCCGCUGCAGCGACGAGUGCACCAGAUGUUACGGCUGGACCUCGCUGGUACGAGCAGCCGUACGACAAUCUACGGCGCGUACGGCGUAUCGGAAGCGUACUCACCCGUGAGGUAUUCGAGCGGGACAUCAGUCCGGGGCGACUGCCGGUCAUCCUGGAGGGUGAGUGGGCGGGAUGGGGGGUCCGGGGCACCAAGCGUGUGUUGUUGUGGCCCCCUAGCUGCCACGACGUGCUGCAUGCGAGCGGCUCCUCCUCCCCAGUCACCCGGAUCAGCCGCCCGGACCUCAGCACGUAUCCCAGGUUCGCGGACUGUCCUCCCCCCCUGGUUGCGGACCUGGGGCCGGGGGACGUGCUGUUCCUGCCUAGCCUCUGGUUCCACAACGUUACGGCCACCGGCACAGAAAUGAGCGUCAGUGUCAAUGUGUUUUGGAGGCACCUGCCGCCCGAGUGCUAUCACCGGAAGGACUUGUACGGCAACCGAGAUCUGGUACAGGUGAGUGUCCAUGUCAGCCGGGAGCCCAACGGCUGCCUGGAUUUCGUACACAAGAACUUCGCCUUCCGUACCAUGACCCUGUACGAGCUGUUAUCGCGGAUUGGCGGAGCUCCGUCGCUACCCAACCCCGCCGCCGCCAGCAGCAGCACCACCACCGCUACCACUGCCACCACCACUACUGCCGCCGCUGCCGCCUCAGCUAUCACCCCCGGCAGCAGCUCGGGGGGUAAUGGUGGUGUGUUUGGGCCUGAUCUGGUUCCGCCGGGCCCUGCGUACGGCGACGGGCCCGAGGUGCUGUACCUCAGAAGCAUCGGGGAAAACCCUAGGAAA